CCCAGGCUCUCUCUCUCUCUCUUCUGCCUCUCUCUCUGAGUGCGCGACCUUGACCGCCCUUCGCUUCCACGUCUCAUGGCGCCCGAACUCGUGCCCGCCUCGGUGAAGCCCGCCGCCGCGGGGGCGGCGGCCCGGGCCUACGUGACGUUCUUGGCCGGCGACGAGGGCUACGUGAAGGGCGUGGUCGGGCUGGCCAAGGGGCUGCGGAAGGCGGGGUCGGCGUACCCGCUGGUGGUGGCCGUCCUCCCGGACGUGCCGGCGGAGCACCGGCGGGUCCUGGUGGAGCAGGGGUGCGUGGUCCGGGAGAUCGAGCCCUUGUACCCGCCCGAGAACAAGACCCGGUUCAUCAUGGCGUACUACGUCAUCGCCUACUCCAAGCUCCGUAUCUGGGAGUUCGUGGAGUACAGCAAGAUGAUAUACUUGGACGCCGACAUCCAGGUGUUCGAGAACAUCGAUCACCUUUUCGACCUGGAGGACGGCUACAUCUACGCUGUGAUGGAUUGCUUCUGCGAGAAGAGGUGGUGGGGCCACACCCCGCAGUAUGCCAUUGGGUACUGCCAGCAGUGCCCCGACAAGGUCCAGUGGCGUGGCGAGAUGGGCCCGCCCCCAUCCCUCUACUUCAACGUUGGCAUGUUCGUGUACGAGCCCAGCCUCGCCACCUACAACGAGCUCCUGAGCACUCUCAAGAUCACCCCUACCACCCCGUUCGCGGAGCAGGACUUCUUGAACAUGUACUUCGGCAAAAUAUACAAGCCCAUCCCACUUGUGUACAACCUCGUCAUGGCCAUGCUGUGGCGCCACCCCGAGAACAUCGAGCUCGAGAAGGUGAAGGUCGUCCACUACGACGCCGUGGGUUCGAAGCCAUGGAGGUACACCGGGAAGGAGGAAUACAUGCAGAGAGAGGACAUCAAGAUGCUGGUCAAGAAAUGGUGGGACAUCUAUGAGGACGAGUCCCUCGACUACAAGAGCUGCCCUCGCGCAGCGGCAGCGGCAGCUGGGGCGGGGGCCGAGGUCGGGGCUGAGCCGGUCAAUAUGGAGCCGUCCAUUGCCACCCUGUCGCAAGCCGGCGCGGUCCACUACGUCAUGGCACCUUCGGCCGCUGAGCGCCCGGGCUCCGAUCUCCGGCCCUUAUAGAGAGAUUUGAUGCAAAUAACUUUGGAGAUGCAAACACCUAGAGUUUGCUCUGUCUAGGCAAGUGGGUGGGAGAAUCUUCCUUUAGAAGGAUCACUGUCUCAUAUGGUAAAAAUAGGCUACUUUAACUUGAGGUCAAUUAAUGUUUUUAUCUUUAUUUUUUUAGGGCCUUGUCACUUUUAAUUUUUUUUAAGGAUGGCGAAAUAUAAAUAUAUAAGAAAAGCCUAUUGACUUGAGUUUUGACUCCUCUUAUUUUUUCUUUUUUCAUCUAAUCACGGAUAAAAUGAUUGUAUUUUAUUAAAUAAAACGCACCUAUUCAUCACCGUGUGCACUUACUUUUCUUUUUCGAUGAUUGAUUUUCCAAAGUUAAGGGUUUAAUUUGGGAUAUUGGCUCGACUUUAUUCGGUGCACUUUUCAUUGUCGGUAGUUGCACAAAAUUAGCAAUUUGCUGCGGACAGCGGUGGGAAAUGAAAGUAUCAAAGGGGUCAAAUUAAAUCACUUCUGCCCAACUUUAUCUCACUUACUUUUUGCGGAUGAUUUAAUACUCUUCCUUGCAGGAAAGAUUGUUGAGUGUCAAAAUGUGGUAGCGGUUCUGGAUCAAUACUGUUUUGCGUCUGGACAAGCACUAAAUCUGAACAAGUCGGGUAUGUUUUUCAGCAAAGACUGCCCAAGGGAAUUAAGAAGAAAUAUGACAUACAAGCUGAGAGUUCCCGAGAUAGAGAAGACAGGGAAGUAUUUGGGAAUUACCAUCCGACUGGGGCUGCUAAAAAAAACAAAUGUUUGCUUGGAUCCUCGAUAGAGUCAAUAAGAAACUGGAAGGUUGGAAAGAAUUUUUUUUAUCUAAGGCAGGGAAAGAAAUCCUCCUUAAAACAGUGGUGCAAGCUCUACCGCAGUAUGCAAUGUCCAUCUUCAAAAUCCCCCUAUCCAUUUGUCGAACUAUUGAAAGGAAAAUUGCAGCUUUCUGGUGGAAAAAUUCUGAAAACAGGAGGGGGUUACACUGGAAAAACUGGGACACUCUUAAAGCAAGAAAGGAUGAAGGUGGCCUAGGUUUUCGAGACUUAAUUACAUUUAAUGAGGCAAUGUUGGGGCGACAGGCAUGGAGACUAAUCCAGAAUCCAUACUCUCUCUGGAGUCGGCUUUUUAAAGGAUUGUAUUAUCCUCAUA